AUGACGGAAUUGCUCCUCGAUCCGGCCAUCCGGACAUGGGUUUUUUUGCCGGUUAUUCUGAUUACAUUUCUGGUCGGAGUAUUACGGCAUUAUGUAGCUUUGAUAUUCACGAACAGGAAGAAGUUGGAGUUGCAGCAAGUGCGAGAUAGCCAGUAUUUGAUACGUUCCCGAUUAUUGCGAGAAAAUGGGCGGUUCUUGCCAAAAGCAUCGUUUAAUAUGCGAAAGAAUUUUUUGCUAAAUGAAGAAAAUGGUUACAUAACAAAGGGCAUGCGACGACCAUCACAAAUGCAAAACCCCAUGGCUGACCCAACAAUGAUGACAGAUAUGUUGAAGGGUAAUUUACUCAACGUUCUGCCGAUGAUCGUUAUUGGUGGUUGGAUAAACUGGACAUUCAGUGGUUUCGUGACGACUCGAGUUCCAUUUCCACUUACUUUAAGGUUUAAGCCAAUGCUUCAAAGAGGAAUAGAACUAGCAUCAUUGGACGCUGCAUGGGUGUCAUCUGCCUCGUGGUACUUCUUAAAUGUUUUUGGUCUACGAGCAAUCUAUACUUUGGUACUGGGUGAAAAUAAUGCGGCCGAUCAGUCCCGAAUGAUGGAAGAACAGAUGAGCGGUGCAGCAAUGGCAAUGCCACAAGAUCCAAAGCAAGCCUUCAAAGCAGAAUGGGAAGCCCUUCAGAUGACAACACAUCAGUUCAUACUGAAUAAGUAA